ACAGUAUUCAAUUAUAUUAUUAAACGCAUUGUAACAAUUUUAUUUAAUUAAAAAAUGAUUUCAAAAACUGUUGUAAGUAUUGCUGUUGGUGUUGCUGGUAUUUUUGUUGGAUACUGUUUUUAUUUUGAUCAAAAACGUCGAAAUGAUCCAGAUUUUAAAAAGAAGUUACGUGAACGUCGAAAAGCUAAAAAGGAAGCCCAAAAAGUUACAUCAAAAGUUCCAAAUCUUAAGGAUCACGAAGCAGUGCAAAAGUUUUUCAUUCAAGAGGUAGAGAUGGGUGAGGAACUUCUUGCACAAGGAAACAUGGAAGGUGGUACUGAACAUUUAGCUAAUGCAGUAGCAGUUUGUGGUCAGCCUCAUCAAUUGCUUGAAGUUCUUCAAAAUGCAUUACCAGCACAUGUAUUCCAUCUUAUAUUACAAAGACUUCCAGCUGUUGGGCAGAAAAAUUUUGUGUUUCACCAGUUUAGUCCACAAACAAAUAUAGAAGAUAGUGAUUACCAGAAAAUUUAUUAAUAUAAAUUUAUUUCAUUUUUCACUUAAAUAGAAUGAAAUAUAAUUGUUAU